AAUAUAUAUAAGAAAUAUAUAUAGAAUUACCCAUUUAUUAUUACAAAAUUUGAAAAUUAAGAUGACAAAACUAAUGGAGUGGCUUUUAUUUGCUGUUUUAUUUUUUAGUAUAUGGAUUGCUGCAGUUACUGAAAGUGUUAAUUUAUCAUUUAUCAAAGAAUGGAAACAAUUUGUCCUUCUUCUUCCACCCAUUGCUUUAUUUGUAUGCAGUCUAUAUGCAGCUACUAUUAUUUUAUAUAGAGUUCUUACAUUUAACAACUGUGAACGUGCAGCUAUUGAAUUGCAAGAACAAAUAGAGGAAGCUAAGAAAGAUCUUCAGAAUAAAGGUGUGGUCUUAAAGUGCAAGUGAAUUAACUUAUUUUUAUAUGUGUAAUCCAGUAACGCAUAUUAUGUAAUUAAUAUAAGUAAUAAAGUAAUUAAUAUAUGAUCAUUCUA